CACUACAAAUACAGUCUCAACCAAACCUUAUCCCCACUUCAUCUUCUCAACUCCAGCACCCUGUUCCAUCUACCUCCCCAGUUCUCAGUUUUCUACUGCCAUUCCCUACUUGGAGCUUCAGACUAAGGAGAAAAAUGUCAGCAUCUUCCCUUUCAGUCGCAGCUGCUGCGAUUGGUACUUCUUCACAUUAUUUGUCUUCAACUACCAUUAAUGAUCAUCUUUCUCUUCAUUUCUUCCCCUGUAAGGCAAACCCCGUAAAGAGCCUUUCAAAAAUCAGGACUUGUCUCAGUUACUCUCCCUUUUCUUUCCAUUCUCGAUCUUCCAUAUACUGCGUUUCGAGUGCGUUUGACAGCGUUGAGUUGAAUCAAGAAGAAGUGGAAGAAGAGCUAGAAAGCAGUAUUCAAGAAACAGUAACUGAAGCUGAGGAGGAAGAAAAUGGAGUCUCACCAUCUGCGGAAGCUGGGAGGCUAUACGUGGGCAACUUGCCAUUUUCAAUGACAUCUUCCCAGUUGUCUGAAAUCUUUGCGGAAGCUGGCCGUGUUGCUUCUGUGGAGAUCGUAUAUGAUAGAGUUACAGAUAGGAGUCGAGGAUUUGCAUUUGUUACUAUGGGCAGCGUUGAAGAAGCCAAAGAGGCAAUCCGGUUAUUUGAUGGAGCUCAAAUCGGUGGUCGUACUGCAAAGGUUAACUUCCCUGAGGUUCCCAGAGGUGGUGAACGCGAAGUAAUGACUCCAAAGAUACGAAGCAGCUCUCAGGGCUUUGUGGAUAGCCCCCAUAAAAUAUAUGCCGGCAACCUCAGCUGGGGCCUCACAUCUCAAGCCCUGAGAGAAGCUUUUGCAGAACAGCCAGGAUUCCUAAGCGCCAAGGUCAUUUAUGAUAGGGACUCUGGAAGAUCUCGAGGCUUUGGAUUCAUUACUUUCACAUCUGCGGAAGAAGUCCAAUCUGCACUGAACGCCAUGAAUGGAGUGGAGGUGGAAGGCCGACCAUUAAGGUUAAAUCUAGCGGAGCAAAGAGCUCCAGCAUCUCCUCCGCCAGCAGUUGAGAAUACAUCAGAAACUGAUGUGGAAAACAGUGAGAUGCUUUCAAGUGUUAGUACCUGAGUGGAAAUGCAGUAUGGAGUUAAUUGCGUAUACUAAAAAAGUUAUGGUGAAUUCAUGCAAAACCAAUACUCAAGCACAGAUUUAACCUCGAUGCAUGAUGCGGGCUCCAUUUUCUUGAGAUUCUUCUUUGCUUACUCUGGUUCCGCCGAUUUUGAGAUGUUUAUAGUUAUAUUGUAGCUAAGGAUGUAACUGUAGAUCGAAUUGGAACUUAUAGAUGUAAGUUUGGACAAAAUAGCCGGAACACAAAUAUAACCUUGUUCACUUAUUGAUCUAGAUUGCUUCUAGUUCUCGAGUAACACUUUACCCUCUAAAUUAUGCACCAUGUAGCAUAUUCUGUUGGUUCUCUAUCAGUUUAAUAAUGCGAAGGUUUAAUGCCCAAUUUUGAAA